ACCCCCACGGACGUUCUCUCUCCCCUUCCCUCUUCUUCAAUUUCUAACUUUCUCUCUCUAGGAGACAAAUGCUCGAACAGUCGGUUCUCCUCCUACCCAUCUUUUUGGGGUUCCUCAAUGUGAAUCUCGCCGGAGGGCGGUUGAUCGGCGGCGGUUUUGCGGCGGAGGAGAACCCUUUCACCCCGAAAGCGUCUCUGGUUCGUUACUGGAACAAAGAAAUCAGACGCGAAUCGCAUCGAUCGGAGUUUCUACUCUCCAAGGCGUCGCCUCUCACUGCCGUCGAGUCGGCGAGUUUCGCCAAACUCGCUGCCGUGGACUCGCUCUCGACUCGUCUCCCGGAGUUCUGCUCCGCCGCAAAUCUCUUCUGCUUCCCGGAUUUGGGUCCGAGCCUCGAGAAGCACACUGACGACGUCAGUUUCUCCGUCUACGACCAGAAAAACUUCACCAACUACGGCACAUCCCGUGCCGGAGGCGUCGACUCGUUCAAGAACUACUCGCUAGACGGCAACGUCGUCGCCGACUCGUUCCGGCGUUACAGCCGCAACUCGACAUGCGGCCGGUCCGCCACCGGAGGCGGCGGAGACUUCAGCAACUACCAGACCGGCGUCAACAAUCCGACGAGCCGCUUCACUUCCUACUCUGACAGCAGCAUCCGGUCUCAGACCUUCAAGACAUACUCGCACGAGGCCAAUGCAGGGCCCGGUCAAUCCUUCACCAGCUACGGCAAACACGGAAAUGGCGCGGCGAACGAGUUCUCCUCGUAUGCCGUCUCGUCCAACGUUGUCGGGUCGGGUUUCUCGAACUACGCCGAACACGGAAACGGAGCCAACGACACCUUCACCAGCUACGGCAGCGAUGGCAAUGUCCCGCAGAACAACUUCAGGAACUACGGCGCCGCCGGGAAUGCCGGCGUCGAGGCCUUCUCGAACUACAGAGACACGGCGAACGUCGGCGACGACUCGUUCUCCUCGUACGCGAAGAACUCCAACGCCGAGAAAGUCAAUUUCGUAAACUACGGAAAAACCUUCAAUCCCGGGUCAGAUACUUUCAGCGGCUACGGCAAAGGAGCAGAGAGCCAGAAGGUCGCCUUUAAGUCCUAUGGCGUCAACACCACUUUCAAGGAUUACGCCAAAACCGGCGUGGAAUUCGCCAGAUACAAUCAGACCAUGCCCAUCUCCUCCGCCGGAGAUGGCAAAUCCGUAAAUAGGUGGGUGGAGGCGGGAAAGUUCUUCAGGGAGGCGAAACUCAAGGAAGGGACCGUGAUUACGAUGCCGGACAUCAGGGAUAAAAUGCCCAAAAGGUCGUUCUUACCCCGGAGCAUAAUCUCUAAAUUACCCUUCUCGAUCUUGAAGAUCGCCGACAUCAAACGGAUUUUCCGCGUCAGCGACAACUCGACCAUGGAGGGCAUAAUUUCGGACGCGCUCAGCGACUGUGAGAGGCCUCCGACCGCAGGCGAGACGAAACGCUGCGUCGGAUCGGCAGAGGACAUGAUCGAUUUCGCCACAUCGGUGCUCGGCCGCAACAUCGUCCUCCGCACGACGGAGAACGUAGCUGGAUCAAAGCAGAAGAUGAUGAUCGGAAAAGUCAGAGCAAUCAACGGUGGAGAAGUGACCAAAUCAGUGUCGUGUCACCAGAGUCUAUAUCCGUAUCUACUGUAUUACUGCCACUCGGUUCCCAAGGUUCGGGUCUACGAAUCGGAUCUUCUCGAUCCAGAAAGCAAAGCCAAGAUCAAUCAUGGUGUCGCCAUCUGUCACAUCGACACAUCAGCAUGGGGUCCGAGUCACGGAGCGUUUGUGGCACUGGGGUCGCGGCCGGGACAGAUCGAAGUCUGCCACUGGAUAUUCGAGAACGACAUGACUUGGACCAUCGCCGACUAGGCGAAGCUUAACCAUGUCGGAUCGGCUUCCACUUGGCUUAUAUCGAGGAUUAAAUAGAGGGAUUAUAAUAUCAAUAUAUCUAGUAACAAUAAAAGGCCUGUUAGUGAUUGUUGAAUGUAUUCAUAUUUUUAGUUUGGGAAAACAAUAGAUGAGUAAAUAUUAAUGUGUGUAUAUCCAUCAGGUGGUACCAGUAAAGCAAAUAUUUCAUAA